GCUGGGAGAGACUCCGUGUGUGUGAGUGAGGGCGAGAGAGAGAAUAUGGGGGAUCGCCCACAGUGCUCCGUGUUUUAAAAUGUGCGUCUAAGCUGAUGAAGCUAAGGUCAGGAUUUAUCCAGGGGCCUGGGACCAGCUUAGCUGCAUUAUUGCUGGUAUUUUCUGCUCAGAGGAGAUGGGGAAUUCUCUGGGCUGCGUUAAGGAACCGAAAGAGCAGGCUGCUGGCCCAGGAAAGGCUCCUCUGUCUCCCCAAAAGAGGGUUCGCUUUAAACGGAAGCGGAGGGGGAAGAAGAGAACGGUGCCAGAGGCAAAUCCCAAGGAGCAGCCCUUGCCUGGCGUGGAGAUUGCUGAGGAUGAUGAGGCACUGGAGAAGUUCAAAGUACAGCCUCAGCAGGAGGGAGGAGAGGAAAUUUCCAAGACCCUGCACCAAGGCACCUCACAGCCCCUGGAUCCUAAUCCCAGCUCAAGUCCAGAGGCACUGCCUCAGGGUCUCCUUGUACAGGUGAAAGAGAGAUUUCAAGGGGAAGUCCGGAAGGCUCAGCUGGUGGUCGAGCACUGGCCCUCGGGGUCUGGGGGCAGGAGGGGUUCCCCUGAGGAGGGCACCACAGUCAUUGCACGCCUGCUAGACAACCCUGUGGAGAAGAACUGUGAGAAGGCUGUGAGCAGGCUGGUUGAAUUUCAAAGGACAGGAGCUGGCAGCAGCAGAGCUGUGCUGUUGCCUUUACAAAGGGAGACCGCAGUCAAAGACUACAAGAGGAGGGAUGAAGACCAGCUUGUGUCCAGGUGUCACGCGGUGUCUAGAGAGGAGCCAGGGGGCAGACGUGGGCCGGAGAAGCCUACAGCUUUGGUGGAAGCUGGCGGAUCUCCGGAGGUCUGGGAUGCAGAAGAGGGGAAUGAAAGUAUUUCAAGUGCCACGUGGACAGGUUCGUGGUUCGUAGAGCCAGGCACCAUCUCAGAAUUGUCCACACCGUCGCCCAUGGUGGACCAGGUGGAAAACCAAGGCUUUGAGAAGCCCCAGAGGCUGUCAUUGUCACGGGAGAAACCUGCCCUCAAGGGGGGAGAGGGCACCUGGAUUCAGCCUGGCACUAAACUGUCUGCCUCUCAGAGCGACUCUUCGUUCAGCGGGCCGACCACCAGCACUGCCCAGCGCUCCUCAGGAUAUGGGAGUGACUCGUCCCGUCAGCCCACCAGGGAUACUGUAGCCAGUCAGAUCUCGGGGUCGAUCUUGGAAGAUGGCUGCCCACUCCCUGCACAAGAGGGCAGCCAGGUUCAGAGGGGCAGGACGGAGAAGGCCGUGAAGCCUUCUGGAGGAAAGAUCUCCGAUAUCUACAUCAGCGGGGAGUCAGGGGACAUGUCCGCUAAGGAGAAGCUGCUUCUGUGGACCCAGAAGGUGACUGCAGGUUACGUGGGAGUGAAGUGCACCAACUUCUCUUCGUGCUGGAGCGACGGGAAGAUGUUCAAUGCACUCAUUCACAGAUACAGGCCGGAUAUGGUGGACAUGGAGCGGGUGCAGAUACAGAGUAACCGGGAGAAUCUGGAACAGGCCUUUGAGGUUGCAGAGAGGCUUGGAGUCACCCGGUUGCUGGAUGCCGAAGAUGUGGAUGUCCCAUCUCCAGAUGAGAAGUCUGUGAUAACGUAUGUGUCUUCAAUCUACGAUGCCUUUCCCAAGGUCCCCGAGGGAGGAGACGGGAUCAGUGCGAUAGAGGUGGAUUCAAGGUGGCUAGAGUACCAGAACCGCGUGGACUCCCUCAUCCCGUGGAUCAAACAGCACACGAUACUGAUGUCAGAUACAUCCUUCCCCCAGAACCCUGUUGAGCUAAAGGCACUUUAUAAUCAGUACAUACACUUCAAAGAAACGGAAAUCCCAACAAAAGAACAAGAAAAAGGGAGGAUAGAGGAGUUGUAUAAACUACUAGAGGUAUGGAUUGAAUUCGGCCGCAUCAAGCUGCCCCAAGGUUACCACCCCAAUGACGUGGAGGAGGAAUGGGGCAAGCUGAUCAUAGAGAUGCUGGAGCGCGAGAAGUCGUUGCGGCCAGCAGUGGAGAGGCUGGAAUUGCUGCUACAAAUCGCUAACAAAAUUCAGAAUGGUGCUCUGAGCUGUGAAGAAAAACUCACUCUGGCAAGGAACACGCUGCAAGCCGAUGCUGCUCACCUGGAGUCUGGCCAGCCAGUGCAGUACGAAUCCGAUGUGGUCAUGUACCUGCAGGAAUGCGAGGGGCUCAUCCGGCAGCUGCAGGUGGAUGUGCAGAUCCUCCGAGAUGAGAAUUACUACCAGCUGGAGGAGCUGGUCUUCAGGAUCGUCCGGCUGCAAGAUGAGCUGGUCACGCUGAGGCUGGAAUGCACUAACCUGUACCGGAAGGGUCACUUCUCUACCUUGGAGCUGGUACAGCCGUCCACCCUGACCACUACACACCUGAAGGCAGAGCCCUUGACAAAGGGCACGCACACCUCCUCUACCUCCUGGUUCCGGAAGCCCAUGACCCGGGCGGAGCUGGUGGCCAUCUCCUCUUCUGAAGAUGAAGGCAACCUCCGAUUUGUGUACGAGCUGCUGUCCUGGGUGGAAGAGAUGCAGAUGAAGCUGGAGCGGGCGGAGUGGGGCAGUGAUUUGCCGAGUGUGGAAUCUCAGCUGGAGACACAGCGGCAUGUCCACUCCAGCGUGGAGGAUCUGGGCGCCAGUGUGAAGGAGGCCAGGAUGUACGAGGGUAAAAUGUCUCAGAAUUUCCGCACUAGCUACACAGAAACGCUCGGCAAGCUGGAGACACAGUACUGCAAGCUGAUGGAAAUGUCGAGCUUCCGACUGCGGCAUCUCCAGAGCCUGUACGGGUUUGUGUCCCGAGCCACUGCCGAGUUAAUCUGGCUGAAUGAAAAGGAGGAAGAGGAGCUGGCGUAUGACUGGAGUGACAACAACCCCAAUAUUGCUGCCAAAAGGAAUUACUUCUCAGAGCUGACAAUGGAACUGGAAGAGAAACAAGAUGUGUUCCGGUCUCUACAAGAUACGGCGGAGCUGCUGUCAUUGGAGAAUCACCCGGCCAAACAGACUGUAGAGGCAUAUAGUGCAGCUGUCCAGUCCCAGUGGCAAUGGAUCAAACAGCUCUGCUUAUGUGUAGACCAGCACGUGAAGGAGAAUGCUGCUUACUUCCAGUUCUUCAGCGAUGCCCGAGAGUCAGAAACAUACCUGCGGAGUCUCCAGGACUCUAUCAAACGGAAGUAUUCUUGUGACCAGAACACCAGCCUGACCCGCCUGGAAGAUCUGCUCCAGGAUUCCAUGGAUGAAAAGGAGCAGCUUAUUCAGUCGAAGAGCUCUGUUGCCAGCUUGGUUGGGCGGUCCAAAACCAUCGUUCAGCUAAAGCCAAGAAAUCCGGACCAUGUCCUGAAGAGCACCAUCUCGGUCAAGGCUGUUUGUGACUAUCGCCAAAUCGAGAUCACCAUCUGUAAGAACGAUGAGUGUGUGCUGGAAGAUAAUUCCCAGAGGACCAAAUGGAAGGUGAUCAGCCCCACAGGCAAUGAGGCCAUGGUACCAUCUGUGUGCUUCCUGAUCCCCCCUCCUAACAAAGAGGCAAUUGACAUUGCUAACAGGGUCGAACAGCUGUACCAGAAGGUGAUGGCCCUCUGGCACCAGCUCCAUGUGAACACAAAGAGCCUGAUCUCCUGGAACUACCUGCGGAAGGACAUUGCCCUGGUGCAAGGCUGGAAUAUGGAGAAGCUGAGAUCUCUGGCCCAAGGAGAGUGCCAGCAAGCCAUGAAGAGCCUCCAGGCACACUAUGAGGACUUCUUGCAUGACAGCCAGGACUCAGAGCUCUUUUCUGGGGCUGAUCGGCUAUGCUUGGAGGAAGAAGUUAAGUCCUGCAAGGAGCACUUCCAACAUCUGCUGGAGUCCAUGGAGAAUGAGGACAAAGAUGAGACCAUUGCCAGGGCAUAUCUCUCUGAGCUAAAGAACAUCCGUCUGCGCCUGGAGGAGUGUGAACAGAGACUAGUGAGGCGAAUCCAGGCUCCAAGCAGCACCAGAACAGACGGUGAUGCUAUCCAGGAAAACACCUUCCACAUUGCAGAGCAGGAGCGUAUGCAGGAGGAUUUACGGCACUUGAAGUCCGACUUGCAGCACGUUUCUGAGAAAUGUGACAGCUUCCUACACAAGUCUCCAACUGGGUCCAGUGCCCCACACUUGCGUUCUGAGCUCAAUCUACUGGUAGAGAAGAUGGAUCACGUGUAUGGACUUUCUUCCAUCUACCUGGAUAAGUUAAAGACGGUGGAUGUUAUUGUUCGUAGUACCCAAGGAGCAGAGUCCCUGGUCAAAGGAUAUGAAGUUAAACUGAGCCAAGAGGAGGCAGUCCCUGCUGAUCUAACAGCUAUUCAGUCUCACAGAGCUACAUUACAGCAAUGGCUCAGUGAUGCGAAGAACAAGAGCGCUGUGUUCUCGACGUUGGAAGAGGAUGUGGCAAAGGCUAAAAUCACGGGAGAGCAGCUGUAUCGUCUGAAGCAAGAGCGCAGCAUGGACCUAGAGCGGUACCAGGAGAAGGGAGCCCAGCUGUGGGAUCGCUGGCAGAGAGUUUGCUCUCAGAUUGAAACCCGCUGUUCAGAUCUGGAGAGUAUCCAGGAGGUGCUGGGGGAUUACAGGGAGUGUCACGGAGAGCUGAUCCAGUGGAUUGAGGAGACCACUGCCCAGCAGGAAUUGAUGAAACCUGGGCAAGCAGAGGACAGCAAAGUGCUCUCUGAGCAGCUGAGCCAGCAGACGGCUUUGGUUGUGGUAAUCGACAGAAAUCAAGCCAAGCUGGACCAGUGUCAGAAAUUCUCACAGCAAUACUCUGCUGCUGUCAAGGACUAUGAGCUGCAGCUCAUGACAUACAGGGCGUUUGUGGAAUCACAGCAGAAAUCUCCCAUGAAACGCAGACGCAUGCUUUCCUCCUCGGAUGCGAUCACUCAAGAGUUCAUGGAUUUACGGACUCGCUAUACAGCGUUGGUAACGUUAACCACGCAGCACGUGAAGUACAUCAGUGAUGCUCUCCGGCGGCUGGAAGAAGAGGAAAAAGCAGUAGAGGAGGAGAAGCAGGAGCAUGUGGACAAGGUGAAAGAACUCCUGGGCUGGGUCUCUGGUUUGAAACAGAGCACGCAAGUCAGGACUGGUCCACUCAAGAGCAAAGAGCUGGGAGACAUUGAGAAAUCCAUCUCGGAGCAGCAGGCUCUAAAUGAGGAGCUGGCUGCAAGGAAAGAGCAGGUCUCAGAGGCCAUCAAAACUGCACAGAUCUUCCUGGCAAAACAUAGCCACAAGCUUUCUGACCAGGAGAACGAACAAAUUUCCACCCAACUCAGUGCCCUAAAGGACACUUAUCAUCAGCUCUGCAGCGACUCUGCGGAACAGUUCCAACAGCUUCAGAGCCAUCUGGCCCAGGAGACGGAGCACAAGGGAUGUGACACAGUUGCGGGAGUGAUAGACUUGGGCACAGUGGAAAUAUUCCCUAUCUUUGGUGCCAUGCAGAAAGGUCUCAUAGACCAGGACACAGGCCUUGUACUGCUGGAGGCUCAGGUUAUCACGUCUGGCCUAGUCGUUCCUGAGACCAACGAGAAGCUCUCUUUGGCAGAAGGCCUGGCAAGAGACAUCAUCGAUCCCAGGACUCUCCAGCUGCUGCAGGAGCUGCAGGAUACCCUUCUUCUGAUACGUCAAAUUCGCUUGGAAGGAAAACGGUUUCUGCCCACAGUUUCUGCAGUAGAAGAGGGAAAGAUCAGUGAGGAUGUUGGACUGAAGAUUUUAGAAGUUCACCUUGUUACAGGGGGUUUUCUAGACCCUUCAGGUCAAGGCCGGAUCAGCUUGGAAAAGGCUGUUCAAGAAGGCCUCAUAACUACUCAGCUUCACUCAAAACUGGCCUCUCGCCUGAGAUCUUGCAGGAAUUUGAUUGACCCCAACACAGCCAAGAAAAUCAGCUUGACUGAGCUAAUGCAGCGAUGUAUCAUUCACCAAGAGACUGGCCUGAGAUUGCUGCCCAUCAAGCAGCUGGCAGGUGGGAUGGUGAGCCUGAAAUCAGGUAGGAAAGUGAGCAUCUUCCGUGCUGUCCAGGAGGGGCUAAUAGAUAGGCAGGUCACUGUGCGGCUGUUGGAAGCCCAGCUUUUUGCUGGGGGCAUUGUAGACCCCAGAACAGGGCACAGACUGACUGUGGACGAGGCAGUGAGACAUAAUUUGAUUGACCAGGAUAUGGCAUGUGCACUCUUGAUCCGACAACUUCAGACAGGUGGCAUUAUAGAUACUGUCACGGGAGAGAGACUGACAAUAGAUGAAGCAGUAAAGAGAGAUUUAGUAGCCUCGAGGAUUGCGCUGGUGAUCCUGGAAUCCCUUUGGUCCUUUAUGGGGCUGUUGUGGCCCGAGUCAGGCGAGAUCCUCCCAGUUGCAGAUGCCCUAGAGCAGGGCAUCCUGUCCACUGAAUUGGCUCAUAAGAUUCUUCGUAACAGGCAACUCAUCAAGGCUCUCUUCAUACCAGAAACCACAGAGGUCUUGACCUGGAAGAAAGCAGCAGAGCAUGGCAUCUUGGAGAGAGAUGUUGCCAAGAAGCUAAAAUCUACCGUCAUACCUGACGUGAUGCCCAGUAUGCAGCUGGCAGGCUCUGCAGCCAGAAGCAAACUGAGCAUGGGCUCUGCAGGAGGGAGUCAUGAAGACCAAAGUCACCCUCUACUAAGGAGUGAUGAUGAUAGGCUGAUAUUCCAUUUGAUGACCCACAGCUAUAUCAACAUCCACAAUGGCCACAAGCUGCUCCUAGUCGAUGGGGAGUUAAAUGAUCUCACUAAAGCCGUUAUACCCGCUCAAGAAAAUGGAUCAAGUACUCACCUGUUGGACGUUAACAAGGAUGGUUACAAAGGUCUGGAAGUCCUUGAGGAGGUAGGAGACUGGGAGAGUGCAACUACUGAAAGGGAGCCCUGUAAUGAUUUGGCUUUGAAGCAACUUGAGUUUCAAUUUACCGCUUUGAAAGAAGAGAAAGAAGUGUCAGAAAAUACGUCUCUAGAUGAUAAAAAUCCAGUGAUACAAAUUGGAAGUUUUCCCUCAAAGUAUAAAGAAAAAACUCUGAAUCUGAAGGAACAGGAAGAGAUUUCUGCAAAGCAAACUUCUAUUCAGAGUGAAAUUGAUGCUGAAUCUGCAAGAGAACAAAGGCUGACUAUAACCAGGAGUGGAAAUCAAAUAGAAUUGUCUAGGCCAGAAUCUGCUAAUGACCCCAUUAGAAUCAGCUUUGAGAUAAAGCCCAGAGAAGCAAAGGAAAUGCUGGUGGAGAUGGGGAUAGAUUCCAGUGGUGCUAAACUUUUAAUAGAUGAAGUCAAAGAUAGAGCACCUGAAAUGGUAAGAGAUGGUGUGAGAAAAGAAACCUACAUAUCUGUGGAUGAAUCAGAGAAUACUGAGAAACCACAAAUCAUGCAAGAGAAAACUCAGAGAAGGGUGGAAUCUGAAAUAGAGACACAAGCUAUUACGGAUAAGAAUUUGUUGAAUAAGGAAAAAGCUAAGAACAGAUCAGUGAAAAGAGAGGAAAUCGUGCCUCUUAAAACUGGAGAUGAGAAGCAAAUGGAAGAAAGAGAAACAGAAAAAACUGAAAGCGCAAGAGUAUUGGAAGUAGAAGACACGGAUGUGGAAGAUUUAUCAGUUGAUUUCAGUAUUCGUGAAACUUCUGUGCUACCCAAACAUUCUAUGGAAGUGGGAGAAGACUGCACUUUAACAAAUCUGGUGGCGCAACUCCAAGGUGGGGGUAUAUACCAUGAGCAGAUGGGCAAGAAUCUUCUUCUGAAUGAAGCCGUAGCUUGUGGUGUAGUGUCCAGCCACACAGCUGUUAAACUGAUGGAGAAAAUGAAAAUGUUCAAUGGCUUCUUCGACUCUCACACAUGUGAAUCGUUAACCACCGAAGAAGUCAUUAGUGAAGGUCUGAUGGAUGAGAAACUUCUGCAUGAGGUGCUCACAUCUGAUAAAGCUAUAAGUGGUGUUCUCGACCCAUGUAGUAAUAUUGUCUACUCUGUCAAGGGUGCGGCUGAGGUUGGCCUACUGGAUGAGGAAACAGCAUUGAGAAUUUUAGAAGGACAAGUAGUUACUGGAGGAAUUGUUGACUUGAAACGAGGCAAAAAAAUAUCAGUCACUUUGGCUUUAAAUCUUGGCUUGAUCGAGCCCUCCAGUCAAGAGGAACUUAUAAAGUUAGAGAAAGCUUCUAAAGGAAAAGAUGCUGAAGAUGAAACUAGACAGAAACUCAUUGGAUUACAGGCUGAAACAUGUGGAAUUAUGGAUCCUAAAACUAAAGAACCGUUAACUAUUGUCCAGUCGGUUGAAAAAGGGCUUCUCAAUAAAGGGAAAGCCCUUCAACUCUUGACCAAACAGAUAGCAGAUGGAGGAAUUAUUCACCACAUGUCUGGAAUGAGACUUUCAGUAAAUAACGCAAUGAAACAUGGAUUGAUUGAUCAAGACUUGUGCAAAGAACUCAUAAAGUCUGAAAGUGUGUGUCUGCACCAGUAUGUUCAUCCAGAAAGAAAGGAGCUUGUAUCCUUACCCAAGGCAGUGUCAUUAGGGCUAAUUAACUUGGACUUUCACGCUGAAAUCCAAGAAGUACAGGCUUUGAGUGGAAGUGUUAUUGACCCUGUUUCUGGACAGAGGCUGGCUUUGUCUAAAGCUGUAAAGGAGGGAUUGUUAUCUGAGCCAGUUAUGGAAAAGGCAGUGUUGUCUUCCGAUAUGAAACAUGGAAUUGUAGAUCCUGAGAGCUGUAUGAUCAUUCCCUAUUCAGAAUUUAUAAAGAAAUGUAAAAUUGACAUUGAAUCUGGACAAAGGUAUCUGGAGCUUGUUCCUUUCCGAGCAAUCAAGGACAAGGUGACAGGGAACGCUCUGACGUGUGCUCAGGCUGUGAAGCUGGGGGAAAUAGACCUGUUGCCCACCUUGAGAGUACUGCAGGCUCAAGCAGACACUGGUGGCAUUGUGGAUGGUGCUACGGGCAAAAGACUGUCUCUGAUGUCUGCUUUGGAACGGGAAGUGGUGGAUGAAGAAAUGGUGAGAAUCAUUGCAUCGAACCAGAUGAUGGCUGGAGGGAUUGUUGACACUAAUAUUGGGGAGAGCUUAAAGGAAGCUGUUGAAAGAGGACUAAUCAGCCAAAAAUUAACUGUGGCUGUUCAGGAAGGCAUUUGGAUACUCAAUGACAAAUCUGAUCCUGAAGAGUGGAGAGAAUAUAAAUGCCACUCCCAGCAGCUACUGCAAAAUGGAACACCCAAAGAGGAAAGUGUGGCCAUGGAUAGUCCUGCUACGGAGAUGACUGAUGAUGAUGAACACAAAGCUAGAUGUGAAGCAAUGGGCUACAGUGCAGCUGGAGAUGCUGAUUCUGAUCGAUCACAUAAGACAAUGAGUAUAAUGAAAAAAGAGGUGCUGAAAUCACUUCCUCCUGAAACUUCAGAGAAAGGUGUAGUGGGUCAACUCUUAGGAGAGGCUGAAUUGUCCCCUGAACCUCCCUUAGUAUUAGCCACAAUGCCUGUAUCUCCAGCAUUUAAGACCCAGAAAAGAGAGAUUAGGAAAAACAGAUCACAGGAACCCUGGAAAGAGAAAUUGAGGGAGAGGGAAGAAGUAGCUGAGGAGACAGAAGAGAAAAGAGAGAGACUGGAGGCAGGGAGAGAGCAAUCAUUUGCUGGUGAAAUGAUGUAUCAAAGUGAUGGGGACAAAGAAGGAAUAGAGAGAGCCUUUUUCAGUAAAGAUGGGGUUCUGGGAAAGACAGAAGCUACAGCUAUGGCUUCUGAAGUAGAUCAAAGAAACUUAGAUGAGAGAAUGGAGGGGUCAAAAGCAGUAGAGGCAGUAUCAAAAGAAUCAGUUUCUGUGGAUCAAGGAGAGGAAGAAAUAGUCUACAUAAACGCUAAGGAAUCCUUCAAGCUUGCAAUUGGCGAUAAGCAUAUUGAAGACAAACCUGUAGAUGAAAUACCAGUGAAGCAUGCUGAAACUACACCACAGAGACCAGAGGCAAAAAUUCUUGAGAUCAGAAGUCUUGGUGCUCCAGAAAUGUUGAGUGAGGCUGAUCUAAAACCCAUGGGAAAGAAGAAAACUGAGAUAAAGAAUCCAAAGCAGAUCAGUAUCCCAGGAGAAACCACUAAACUAGGGAAAUCUUCCAAGGAAAAACAGUCCCUUCCUAUCCCAGAUUCCAAAGAAACGUUGAUGAGGAAGAUCAAGGAGGAAUUGAUCUCAAGUAUUCAGGAAUCAGCGUGUGAAACCACCACCAAGAAAACAGCUGGUGGGUUGCUGAGCAGCAUUGCUGAACAAAAGCAAGCAGAGAUUAGCAAGAAACAGGUUCCUGAAAGAGAAAAGGAAGCGACCGCUUUGGGCCUGAAAGAGAAUAUCAAAGGUGAUCAGAAAUUCACCAUUGCCCCAAAGAGAGAUGCACUCCAAGAGACAAUCGGAGAGAUCAGAAAUGGCAAGGACACUUCUGUAACAGAUAAAUCAGAGGAAAAGAUACCCCAAACAAUGACCAAAGAGGAAACCAGAGAUCUGGUAUCCACCACAGUGUGUAUUGCAGAGAGAAAAAUUCCAGAGUUAAUUACCGGAGAGGAAUCCACAGGUGAUCUAGAAUCUUCUGUAAUCCCUGAACUAGAGAAACAGACUCUGAAAGAAACAACCACAGAGUUCACCAUGGAUGAAGCAAGGUCCUCUACAGCCUUCAAAUCAGAAGGAAAGACACCCCAGGAAAUAACCAGAGACGACAGCAACGGUGAUCAAGAACCACGCUUAACUAUGGCAGACAGGGAGAGAUGGCAAGAACCUUCAAGAGAAUCUACAAAACCAGCCAAGACUGUGUUCAGCAAGCAGCUUUGUCUGGAACAUGAUGAGAAGCUGGUGUCUUAUCUGUCCAUGCUCCGAGAUAUUGAGAUGAAAAUUAAACAGGUUCAACCGGCGGAGCUGAAUUUAGAAGCGCUGCAAGACCUGCUGCAUCAGGCUGAGGUCCUGGAUGUGGAACUGAAGGAUCUGUCCUCUCCAGUGAAUCAAGAGCUGGACUCUGUGAAGUGGAUUGUGGCCAACCAGCCCCAAGAAGUCCCUGAACAAUUGCUGAAAGCCUUGGAGAAAGAUGCCAAGAACCUCCAGAAGUCUUUUAGCUCAGUGAGCGAUGCCUUGGAGGCCUGGCUGCUAAACCUGCGUGGUGCUGCAGAAACUGAAAAGGCUAAAGUCUUAACACGGCAUAAGACGCUUGAGGGCAAACUGGAAGAGCUGCAGAACUGGGUCUGCGAUACCGCAUUAUCUCUGGACAGCAGUGAUUACCACCAUGCAACUGAAGGGAACAGCUUGACUUGCUGCCUGCAACACUAUAAGGAGUUGAAACAUCCCCUUGCUCACACCAAGUCUGAGCUCGAUGCAACUGCUUUCGACAUUCAGUUCUUUAUCUCUGAGCACGCCCAGGACUUGACCCCGCAACAGAGCAGGCAGCUGCUGAGACUGCUCAAUGAACUGCAGAAGUCUUUCCGGGACCUUUCCGAGCGUGUGGCAGCUCAGGUGGAGGUCCUGCAGGUCUGUCUCCGGCAAGUGGAGCAGACUGAUGAGGUGAAGACUCUCCAGGAGCAGCAAGCAAUGCGCAGUCGGAAGCUGGAGGAGCUCCACGCCUGGCUGGGCCAGGCGGAGAACACACUGAGGGACCAGCAGAGAGCAGCCAAUGAAGGGGACCUACCUAUGCUGCAGCAAAGGCAAAGUGACGUUAAGGACCUGCAGAGGAACAUUCAGAGCCGGGCUGCCUCUUUCGUGGGUGUCUUGAAAGCAACCGAAGAGUUCUUAGAGGAGAACAGGGCCAAGAUGAACCCCGGGGAGCUGGCAGCCCUGCAAGAGAAACUCCGCCUCGCCAAGGAGCAGUUCCAGUCUCUGCAGGAGAGGACUGAAGUGGCCCAGAAAGAACUGGAGAGCACAGUGACGGCUGCAAUGCAACAGGAGACGGAAAAGGUGAAAGCUGCCAAAGAAUUGGAGGAGAACAGGAGUAAGAUUGAGUCGCUUCUAAAGUGGGUGACAUCAUUAGAACAGACGGGGGAGCUCUCUGAGCACAAACCUCGCCCAAUGGAACAAGCUCUGGGAGCAGUCCAGGGGAAAAGCACCCAGGACAUCCUCGACGGUCACUUGGUGGAAGUGGACCGAGUGGAAGAGAGCCUUGAUGGGCAGUAUGAGAGGCUGAAGGCACGCCAUCAGGAGCUGCUCUCCCAGCAGCAAGAUGUCAUUCUAGCUACACAAACAGCACAGGCCUUCCUGGACAAACAGGGCCACAACCUAGCACCGGAGGAGAGGCAGAGGCUUCAGGGGAGGCUGGCAGAGCUGAAGGAGCAAUACGCAGCCAACCUGUCGCAGUCGGAGAAGCAGCUGAAGCAAGUGCAGGUGCUGCGGGACGAGCUGCAGAAAUUUAUGCGGGAUCACGGGGAGUUUGAGGCCUGGCUAGAGCAGGCGGAAAAGGAGCUGGAGCGGAUGCACAAGGCGGACAGCGACCCUGAAUCGCUGAGACCAAUGCUUCUCCGGCAGGGAAGCUUCUCGGAAGAUGUGAUCUCCCACAAGGGGGAUUUGCGGUUUGUUACCAUGUCAGGACAGAAGGUGCUGGACGCAGAGAGUGCAGCCAAGGAAGAUGGGCCUGAGCCAUUAGCCACAGGAAACUUAGUCAAGAGCAAACUGGAUGAUGCAACAAAAAGAUACACUGCUCUCCACUCAAAGUGUGCCAAGCUUGGUUCCCAUCUGAACACCUUGCUGGAUCGCUACCAGCAAUUCCAGGAAGUGGCAGAAACUCUCAGGACGUGGCUGCAGGAGAGUGAAGCAGCCGUAGCAAAAGUCCUCUCUGAGACAGUUUCCUCGGACCCAGCGGUUCUGCAGAAGCAGCUCACCAAUGCCAAGCAACUACAGGGAGAUCUUGCUGAGCAUCAGGUGCCCGUGGAGAAGCUGCAGAAAGCAGCACGUUCCCUCCUGGAGAUAGAAGGAGAGCCAGCCCCUGAUCGCAGACGCAUUCAGGAAACCACAGAUUCCAUCGUGAGCCGUUUUCAGAGCCUUUCUGGUCAGAUGGCAGAGCGCUCGGAUCUGCUGCAGAAGUCCAUCGCCCAGUCCCAGAGCGUUCAAGAAGGACUGGAGACUCUUGUGCAGUCGAUGGCUGAGAUUGAGAAGAGCCUGGAAGGAGAGCAGCUGGCUUCCCUCUCGUCUCUCUCCAUCCAGGAGUCACUCGCCACAAACGCUAAGUUGAAGCAGGACAUCGCCCGGCAGAAGAGCAGCCUAGAAGCCACCCGAGAAAUGGUGACUCGAUUCAUGGAAACGGCCAGCAGCUCCGCAGCCUCAGCCCUGCAGGGCAAGUUGGCCGAGGUGACUGAGCAUUUCAACAAGCUGUGCCGGCAGCAGCAGGAGAAGGAGAACGUGCUGAAGGGCCUCCUCCCGAAGGUGGAACAGUACGAGCACCUCUCCGAGAAGCUGCAGCAGUUCACAGAGAGCAGAGCUCGCAUGCUGGCUUCCGGAAACCAGCCGGAUCGUGACAUCGCUCACUUCUCCCAGCAGAUCCAGGAGCUGAAUUUAGAAAUGAGGCAGCACCAAGAGGACCUGGAUACUAUAGAGGGUCUGACCACAGAGCUGAGCUCCUUUGGUUUCCCAGUGGGCUCCUCUCAGCACCAAGCGAAGGUGCACAGUCUAAAACAGGAUUUUGUGCAGCUGCAGAAGGCAGCAAAGGAGAGAGAAAAGGAUGCAUCAUCUUGCCAGGAACAAUUGGACGAGUUCCGAAAGUUGGUUGGAGCUAUCAAGAAGUGGCUGAAAGAAAGCGAAGGGAAUGUGCCAUCUGCAGAGACCUCCCUGGGCACCCAGGAACUGGAGAAGCGCAUGCAGCAAAUCAAGGUCCUCCUGGAAGAAUGGACAGGAAAGGGGGCCCAGGUGGAGGAAAUCAAUCACAAAGGGACUGCAUUAGAGAAUUUGAUUGUAGAAAUCACAGCCCCUGAUGCUCAGUCAAAGACAGGUUCUGUGCUGCCCGCUCUAGGAGUGUCAGUAGGCAGCGUAAAUGGAUACCACACCUGCAAAGAUUUGACUGAGAUCCAGUGUGACAUGUCUGAUGUGAACCAGCAGUACGAGGGACUUGGCAUGGCCUUGCGGGAACGCCAGGAGCAGCUGUCAGCCAUGCUGGAGAAGAUGCUAGAAGUCCAAGAGGAGGCAAGUUCAGUGUUGAAGUGGCUGGAGUCAAAGGAACGGACCUUGUCAGCACUCGAAGCGUCUUCCUCACCUACAAAAACGGAGACCAUGAGAGCCCAGGCUGAGCAUAACAAGGCAUUCCUGGCUGAGUUGGAACAGAAUUCAGGGAAGAUCCAGAAAGUAAAGGAAGCACUUUCUGGCUUGCUGGAGAAGUGUCCUGACUCUCCAGAAGCAGCAAACUGGCAGAAGAUGCUGGAUGAUCUCAACUCCAGGUGGGCAAGAGCCAAUCAGGUGACAGCAGAGCGCCAGCAGAAGCUGGAGAAAUCAGCGAACCAACUGGCAAGCUUCCAGGCAGCUGAAGCCCAGCUGCGCCCAUGGCUGAUGGAGAAGGAGCUAAUGAUGAGCGUGCUGGGACCCCUUUCCAUUGACCCUAACAUGCUGAAUGCGCAAAAACAGCAGGUCCAGUUUAUGCUGAAAGAAUUUGAAGCUCGCAGACAGCAGCAGGAACAGCUGAACCAGGCAGCUCAGGGGAUACUAAUCAGCCCUGGAGAUGAUUCUCCAUCAUCAAACCAGGUGCGGGAGGAGCUCCAAGGCGUGAAUCAGAAAUGGACCGAGUUAACUGAAAGACUCAACUCCCGUUCCAGUCAGAUUGACCAAGCCAUUGUCAAGAGUACCCAAUACCAAGAGCUGCUGCAGGACUUGUCUGAGAAGGUAAAGGCAGUUGGGCAGCGAUUCAGCAGCCAAUCUGCCGUCAGCACCCAGCCAGAUGCCGUGAAGCAGCAGCUGGAGGAAACGAGUGAGAUUCGGUCUGACCUGGGGCAGUUGGAAGAGGAGAUCAUGGAGGCUCAGACUCUGUGUGAUGAGCUGUCUGUUCUGAUUGGGGAGCAGUACCUCAAGGAUGAGCUGAGAAAGCGCCUGGAGACGGUGGCUCUCCCGCUCAAAGGCUUGGAAGACCUCGCAGCCGACCGGAUGAAUCGACUGCAGACUGCACUCGCAAGCUCCCAGCAGUUCCAGCACAUGUUUGACGAGCUUAGGACCUGGCUGGAUGACAAACUGUGCCAGCAAGCCCAGAGCCGGCCUAUUUCUGCUAAACUGGAGAGGCUGCAGUGUCAAAUCCAGGAGCAAGAAGAGUUCCAGAAGAGUCUCAACCAGCAUAGUGGCUCCUAUGAGAUGAUUGUGGCUGAGGGAGAGUCUCUGCUUCUCUCGGUUCAGCCUGGGGAGGAGAAGACUGCCCUGCAAAGCCAGCUGAUCGGCCUCAAAACACAUUGGGAUGAGCUCAGCAAACAGGUCACAGAUAGAAACUCCAGACUCAAGGACUGUUUGCAGAAGGCCCAGAAAUACCAGCGGCACAUGGAAGACCUCCUUCCUUGGGUUGAGGACUGCAGGGCGAAGAUGUCGGAGUUGGAAGUAACUCUGGACCCUGUGCAGUUGGAGGCAGGCCUUCUGAGGUCAAAGGCUAUGCUCAGUGAUGUGGAGAAGCGCCGCUCCCUUCUGGAGAUGCUGAACAGUGCAGCUGACAUCUUGAUAGAUGCUUGUCAGACUGAUGAGGAUGAGGUUCGGGAUGAGAAAGCCGGAAUCAAUCAGAAGAUGGAUGCCAUUACAGAAGAGCUGCAAGCCAAGACUGGGUCCACUGAAGAACUGUCGCAAAGGCUAAAGGAGUUCCAAGAAAACUUUAAGAACAUUGAGAAGAAGCUGGAAGGGGCAAAGCAUCAGCUAGAAAUCUAUGAUGCUCUAGGACCUCAAGCCUGCAGCAAUAAGAACUUGGAGAAGUUGAGGUCUCAGCAAGAAGUGCUCCAGGCCCUGGAGCCGCAGGUGGAUUAUCUGAAGAACUUCACACAAGGCCUGGUGGAAGAUGCUCCAGAUGGGUCUGACUGCUCCCAGCUCUUACGGCAAGCCGAGGAUUCCCAGCAGGACUUUAAAAUAGUGAAACAAAGAGUAAAUGAAUGCUGUUCGCUGAUGGAGACCAAGCUUGAAGGAAUCGGCCAGUUUAAUAACCAUGUCCGGGAGAUGUUCUCUCAACUGGCAGAUCUAGAUGAUGAACUUGAUAGCAUGGGUGCCAUCGGGAGAGACAUUGACAGCCUCCAGUCUCAAGCCGAGGAUGUUCGUACAUUCCUGGGCAGACUUCAGGGGCUGAAGUCAGACAUUGAAGCUUCUGAAGAGGAGUGCAGGCACAUGCUGGAGGAUGAAGGAAGCCCUGACUUGUUAGGGCUGAAACGUGAACUGGAGACUCUAAAUAAACAGUGCAGCAAGCUGACGGAAAGGGGCAAAAAUCGCCAAGAGCAAGUAGAAACGACACUCUCUCGAGUCGAGGACUUUUAUGACAAACUGAAGGAGCUGAAUCACAUGGCCAGUGCAGCGGAGGAGAAUGAGGCGCUGCAGUGGAUUGUAGGGACUGAGGUGGAAACCAUCAGACAGCAGCUGGCAGAUUUCAAGAUGUUUCAGAAGGAGCAAGUGGAUCCCAUUCAGGUAAAACUGCAACAAGUAAACGGACUGGGUCAGGGACUCAUCCAGAGUGCAGGAAAAAAUUGCGACGUACAGGGAUUGGAACAUGACAUGGAGGAGAUCAACGCCCGCUGGAACACUCUCAACAAAAAGGUGGCACAGAGAAUCACACAGCUACAAGAGGCCCUGUUGCAUUGUGGGAAGUUUCAGGACGCUUUGGAGCCAUUGCUGAGCUGGUUGGUAGACACAGAGGAGCUCAUCUCCAAUCAGAAACCUCCCUCUGCUGAAUACAAAGUGGUGAAAGCUCAGAUCCAAGAGCAGAAGCUGCUCCAGCGUCUCUUGGAUGAUCGCAAGGCCACUGUCGAGAUGAUUCAGGCAGAGGGCGGAAGGAUAGCGCAGUCGGCCGAGCCAACGGACCGAGAGAAGAUUGUUUGCCAGCUGGAGAGUCUUGAAAAUAGAUGGGCAGGACUGCUUGGCAAGGCAGCAGCCAGGCAAAAACAACUGGAAGAUAUCCUGGUUCUGGCUAAACAAUUCCAUGAGACCACUGAGCCUAUUUCAGACUGGCUAUCUUUGACGGAGAAAAAACUGUCAAAUUCUGAGCCCAUUGGUACUCAGACAGCUAAAAUCCAGCAACAGAUCACCCGUCACAAGGCACUAGAGGAAGACAUAGAGAGUCGCGCGGCUGACGUGAAUCAGGCAGUCAGUCUUGGGCAGUCUCUCACCUCCCUGAGUUGCGUAGCUGAACAGGGCUUGCUGGCAGAGAAGCUAGACUCGCUGCAGGCCCGGUACAGCGAGAUUCAAGAUCGGUGCUGCCGGAAGGCAGCCCUGCUUGAUCAGGCGUUGUCCAACGCUAGGCUCUUUGGGGAGGAUGAGGUGGAAGUGCUCAACUGGCUGGCCGAGGUUGAGGACAAGCUCAGCUUGGUAUUCGUAAAGGAUUAUAAACGGGACGUCCUGCAAAAGCAGCAUGCCGACCAGCUGGCCCUGAACGAGGAGAUCGUGAACAGAAAGAAGAAUGUGGACCAAGCCAUUAAAAACGGGCAAGCACUUCUGAAACAAACCACAGGGGAAGAGGUGUUGCUAAUCCAGGAGAAGCUGGAUGGCAUCAAGACUCGUUACUCGGACAUCACAGCCACUAGCUCUAAGGCUCUCAGGACGUUGGAGCAGGCUCGGCAGCUGGCCACCAAGUUCCAGUCCACGCAUGAGGAACUGACCAGCUGGAUGAGUGAGGUGGAGGAGGAGCUGAUGUCCAGUGGGGGGCAGUCGCCUAUUGGAGAGCAGAUACCCCAAUUCCAGCAGAGGCAGAAGGAGCUUAAGAAGGAGGUUAUGGAGCACAGGCUUGUUCUGGAUACUGUGAAUGAGGUGAGCCGCGCCCUCUUGGGACUGGUGCCUUGGCGAGCCCGUGAAGGGCUGGACAAACUCGUGUCAGAUACCAACGAGCAGUACAAGAUGGUCAGUGACACUGUCCGGCAGAGAGUGGAAGAGAUAGAUGCUGCUAUACAAAGGUCACAACAGUAUGAGCAAGCUGCUGAUGCAGAAUUAGCCUGGGUUGCUGAGACCAAACGGAAAUUGAUGGCACUUGGUCCAAUUCGUCUGGAGCAAGACCAGACAACAGCCCAGCUGCAGGUCCAAAAGGCUUUCUCCAUAGACAUCAUUCGACACAAAGAUUCUAUGGAUGAGCUGUUCAGCCAGCGUAAUGAGAUCUUUGGAACAUGUGGAGAAGAACAGAAAGCUAUGUUACAGGAGAAAACGGAGUCUCUUGUGGAGCAGUACGAUGCUGUUAGCCAACUCAACUCCGAGCGCUACGCAUGCUUAGAGCGCGCGCAGGCCUUGGUGAGCCAGUUCUGGGAGACGUAUGAAGAGCUCAACCCGUGGACUGAAGAAAUACAGGUGCUUCUAGCACAGUUACCCCCUCCAGCUAUUGAUCAUGAGCAGCUCAAACAGCAGCAAGAGGACAUGAGGCAACUAAGAGAGUCUAUAGCUGAACAUAAGCCUCAUAUUGACAAGCUGCUGAAAAUUGGACCGCAGCUGAAGGAGCUCAACCUUGAGGAAGGGGCGAUGGUACAGGAGAAAUAUUUGACCACAGAGGCCAUGUAUGCCAGAAUCAAAGAGGAGGUGCGCCAGCGAGCUCUGGCACUAGAUGAGGCUGUUUCACAAUCCACUCAGUUCCACGAUAAGAUUGAGCCUAUGCUGGAGACGCUGGAGAACCUUUCCUCCCGCCUGCGCAUGCCGCCCGUGAUCCCAGCCGAAGUUGAUAAAAUCAGGGAGUGCAUCAGUGAAAACAAAAAUUCCACCAUGGAGCUGGAAAAACUGCAGCCAACCUUCGAAGCGCUGAAACGCCGUGGGGAAGAGCUGAUCGGGCGAUCGCAGGGGGCAGACAAGGACCUGGCAGCCAAAGAAAUCCAGGAUAAGCUGAAUCAGAUGGUGUUUUUCUGGGAAGACAUCAAGGCUCAGGCAGAGGGACGUGAAAGUAAGUUCCUUGAUGUCCUGGAGCUGGCAGAGAAAUUCUGGUACGAAAUGGCAACCCUCCUGACUACUGUCAAAGAGACACAGGAUAUUGUUCACGACCUGGAGAGCCCAGGCAUUGACCCAUCAAUCAUCAAGCAGCAGGUGGAGGCCGCAGAGACUAUCAAAGAGGAAACUGAUGGCGUGCAUGAAGAACUGGAGUUUAUUCGUGUGCUUGGAGCUGAAUUAAUUAUGGCCUGUGGUGAAACUGAGAAACCAGAAGUGAAGAAAAGCAUUGACGAGAUGAACAAUGCAUGGGAAAACCUAAGCAAAACCUGGAAGGAGAGGCUAGAGAAACUCGAGGACGCUAUGCAGUCUGCUGUGCAGUAUCAGGAUACGCUACAGGCAAUGUUUGAUUGGCUGGAUAACACCGUGAUUAAGCUGUGCAACAUGCCACCGGUCGGCACUGACCUCAACACUGUUAAGGAGCAGCUGAAUGAGAUGAAGGAGUUUAAAAUGGAGGUUUACCAGCAGCAGAUUGAAAUGGAGAAGCUUAAUCACCAAGGCGAACUGAUGCUAAAAAAAGCGACGGAUGAGACAGACAGAGACAUCAUCAGGGAACCGCUGACAGAGCUGAAACAUCUCUGGGAGAACUUGGGCGAGAAGAUUGCUCACAGACAGCACAAGUUAGAAACUGCUCUGCUGGCACUUGGUCAGUUCCAGCAUGCGUUAGCAGAACUGAUGGCCUGGCUGACCCAUACAGAAGAGUUGUUAGAUGCACAAAGACCAAUCAAUGGCGACCCAAGGGUCAUUGAAGUAGAACUUGCCAAACACCAUGUGCUGAAGAACGAUGUGUUGGCUCACCAAGCAACUGUGGAGACAGUAAAUAAAGCCGGCAAUGAGCUCCUGGAAUCCAGUGCGGGAGACGAUGCAAACAGCCUGCGGAACCGCCUGGAGAAAUUGAAUUCGUGCUGGGAGUCUGUCCUGCAGAAAACGGAGGAGAGGGAGCAGCAGCUGCAGUCAACGCUUCAGCAGGCCCAGGGUUUCCAUGGGGAGAUUGAAGACUUCCUCCUCUGGCUAGCAAGAAUGGAGAGCCAACUGUCUGCAUCAAAACCCACAGGAGGUUUGCCAGAAACUGCCCGUGAACAACUCAAUGCCCAUAUGGAGCUGUAUGCCCAAUUCAAAGCCAACGAAGAGGUCUACAGUCAGCUGCUGGCCAAGGGGCGAUUGAUCCUGCUAAGCCGCGAUGACUCUGGCUCUGGCUCAAAGACGGAGCAGAGUGUCACUCUGUUGGAACAGAAAUGGAACCUGGUCAGCAACAAAAUGGAGGAGAGGAAGUCGAAGCUGGAAGACGCUCUCAACCAGGCAACAGAGUUCCAGAAUUCCCUACAGGACUUCAUUAACUGGCUGACCCUCGCAGAGCAGAGUUUAAACAUUGCACCUCCACCCAGCCUUAUCCUAAAUACCGUGCUGUCUCAGAUAGAUGAACACAAGGUUUUUGCCAAUGAAGUCAAUGCUCACCGGGACCAGAUCAUUGAGCUGGAUCAAACAGGGAACAAGCUGAAGUUCCUCAGUCAAAAGCAAGAUGUAGUUUUGAUAAAGAACCUUCUGGUCAGUGUCCAGUCCCGCUGGGAGAAAGUAGUCCAGCGUUCUGUGGAUAGAGGCCGAGCUCUUGAUGAUGCAAGGAAACGGGCUAAACAGUUCCACGAAGCUUGGAAAAAGCUGGUUGAUUGGCUGGAAGAUGCAGAGAAUCACCUGGACUCUGAGCUGGAGAUUUCCAACGAUCCAGACAAAAUCAAAUUGCAGCUCUCCAAGCACAAGGAGUUCCAAAAGACCCUUGGUGGAAAACAGCCUGUUUACGACACCACGAUCCGGACUGGCAGAGCCCUCAAAGAAAAAGCCGUGUUGCCAGAUGACACUCAGAAACUGGACAACCUCCUUGGAGAAGUCCGGGACAAGUGGGACACAGUCUGCGGCAAAUCUGUGGAAAGGCAGCACAAGCUGGAAGAAGCCCUGCUGUUCUCUGGUCAAUUCAUGGAUGCGCUUCAGGCCUUGGUGGACUGGCUGUACAAGGUGGAGCCCCAGUUGGCUGAAGACCAACCAGUCCAUGGUGAUCUGGAUCUGGUCAUGAACUUGAUGGAUGCUCAUAAGGUUUUCCAGAAGGAACUGGGGAAGCGGACGGGCACCGUGCAGGUGCUCAAACGCUCAGGCCGAGAGCUCAUCGAGAGCAGCCGGGAUGACACUACCUGGGUUAAAGGGCAGCUUCAAGAGUUGAGCAAUCGUUGGGACACGGUGUGCAAGCUGUCGGUGUCCAAACAAACCCGGCUGGAGCAGGCCUUGAAGCAGGCAGAGGAAUUCCGGACUGCAGUCCACAUGCUGUUGGAGUGGCUUUCCGAGGCAGAACAGACCCUGCGCUUUAGGGGAGCUCUGCCUGAUGAUGCUGAAGCGCUGCACUCACUCAUUGACAUACACAAGGAGUUCAUGAAGAAAGUGGAGGAAAAGAGAGUGGAUGUGAACGCGGCGGUGGGGAUGGGAGAAGUUAUCCUAGCUGCAUGCCACCCAGACUGCAUUACCACAAUUAAACACUGGAUCACCAUCAUCCGAGCCAGGUUUGAGGAGGUUCUGACCUGGGCAAAGCAGCACCAGCAGAGGCUCGAGACUGCGCUUUCAGACUUGGUGGCUAACGCGGAGCUCUUGGAGGAACUCUUGGCGUGGAUUCAGUGGGCUGAGACCACGCUGAUCCAGCGGGAUCAAGAACCAAUGCCACAAAAUAUCGAUCAGGUCAAAGCCCUCAUCUUUGAACACCAGUCCUUUAUGGAGGAGAUGACACAAAAACAGCCGGACGUGGACCGGGUCACUAAGACGUACAAGAGGAAAGCCACAGAACCAGCUCACGGACCUUUCAUUGAGAAAUCCCGCAGCAACAGGAAAUCCUUGAGUCACCCUGCCCCUCCUCCCAUGCCAGUUCUCUCCCAGUCGGAAACGAAGAACCCCCGGAUUAACCAGCUCUCCGCACGCUGGCAGCAGGUGUGGCUGCUGGCACUGGAACGCCAGCGGAAGCUCAAUGACGCUCUCGAUAGGCUGGAGGAGCAGCUAUGCCCAGAAUUGAAGGAGUUUGCAAACUUUGAUUUUGACAUCUGGAGAAAGAAAUACAUGCGCUGGAUGAACCACAAGAAAUCACGGGUGAUGGACUUCUUCCGGCGUAUUGACAAAGAUCAGGAUGGAAAAAUCACCCGGCAGGAGUUUAUUGAUGGAAUCUUAGCAUCUAAAUUCCCCACCACUAAGUUAGAGAUGACUGCUGUGGCUGACAUCUUUGACCGGGAUGGGGAUGGCUAUAUUGAUUACUAUGAGUUUGUGGCUGCUCUCCAUCCUAACAAAGAUGCUUACCGGCCAACCACAGAUGCCGACAAAAUUGAGGAUGAGGUCACAAGGCAGGUGGCCCAGUGUAAGUGUGCAAAGAGGUUUCAAGUGGAGCAGAUUGGAGAGAAUAAGUAUCGGUUCUUCCUCGGCAAUCAGUUCGGUGAUUCCCAGCAGUUGCGACUGGUCCGUAUUUUGCGCAGCACUGUCAUGGUUCGAGUUGGAGGAGGAUGGAUGGCCCUGGAUGAAUUUUUAGUGAAAAAUGACCCUUGCAGAGUUCACCACCCUGGAAGUAAAAUAAAGCGCUCUGAUUCCAGCUCUUCGAUUGCCAGUCAGUCUCCGAUAGCACGAGGAAGGACCAACCUCGAACUUAGAGAGAAGUUUAUUUUACCAGAGGGAGCCUCGCAGGGAAUGACGCCUUUCAGGUCACGGGGUCGAAGGUCGAAACCCUCCUCCCGGGCUGCCUCCCCAACGCGCUCCAGCUCUAGUGCAAGCCAGAGUAAUCACAGCUGCGCGUCCGUGCCGUCCUCUCCAGCAACGCCUGCGAGUGGAGCCAAGACUCCACAUCACUUCUCUCGCUGUUAUGACAAACCCUGGUUGGUAAACAGUAAAGCUGGCACCCCUCACAGGGGCUUCGAUAAUUCCGACUCCCACCUGUCCAGCUCUGAGGUGACUCCGUCUGCAGGCAGCAAGCUGAAGCGACCAACUUUUCACUCUAGUCGAACUUCUCUUGCGGGUGAUACCAGUAAUAGUUCCUCUCCAGUCUCUACAGGUGCCAGAACCAAUCGGGCUGAUCCUAAAAAAACAGCCAGUCGUCCCACAAGUCGCGCUGGAAGUCGGGCAGGGAGUCGGGCCAGCAGCCGGCGGGGAAGUGAUGCCUCCGAUUUUGACCUUCUGGAAACUCAGUCAGCCUGUUCAGACACUUCAGAAAGCAGUGCGGCAGGGGGUCAAGGCAGUUCGCGACGGGGGUUGGCAAAACCUUCCAAAAUCCCAACCAUGUCCAAGAAACCUACUACUGCCACCCCCAAAACUCCAGGCCCCAAGAGAUAAUACUGUACCAAGACCCCCUAAAACAAAACAAAAACCUGUGUCCAAUUUUUAACCCUGCCACGUACAUUGGAUGUAUAUUUAUUCUAAACGGGAAAAAUUAUAUUGUUAAAAGUGUAAAAGAAUAAUUGUGUUAUGAAGCUGCCUUAUUUGGGUUUUGUUUUUGUUUUUUUUUCUUUUUUGUAAGUUACUAUUUUCAUGUGAAUAUUUAUGUAGAUAAAAUUUGCCUCCUGGUCACCCCUAUUCACAGUGGGGCCCAGAAAACUGAAAUGUGGGAGAGGGAAAGCAAGCAAAAAAAGUCAAGAUGUGAAAGUGUAAAAAAAAAAAAAAAAAAAAAGUUAAGAAAAAAAUUA